AUGAAGAAAAAUUCCAAAGAACUUGCAUCACAUUAUAAAAAACUUCUUCAAGAUGAUCAUAAUUCCGAUGUAAUUAUUCGCUUUGACCAAGGAGAAGAUUUAAAAGAGCUUUAUGCACACUCACUUAUUUUAAGAGCGCGCUCUACCUUUUUUGAUAGUGCUCUUUCCAGUAGAUGGGCUAGGAAGGAAGGAAAAUCUUUCAUUAUUGAAAUGAAAGAUGUGUCAAUAAAUACAUUUAAAGCUGUUUUGAAGUACAUAUAUACUACAGAGAUUUCUUUAGAUGAAUUAAGUGGUGUUGAGAUUUUGGAAUUUUUAGUGGAAACCGAUAGAUUACUACUUCUUAAUGAAGGAAUUAAUAGAAAAUUAUUUUCUUAUGUAUACGAAAAUUUGGAAAAAAUAAUCCGAAAUGAUGCAAUUAAAACAUUACAAAUAAUUUUUCAAUAUAAUAAUAUAUUCGAGACAUUGUAUGGAUCAUGCCUUCAACUUAUAUGUGCUUAUCCAAAUAUGGUAUUUGAACAUCCCAGAUUUACUCAGCUAGAUUCAUCUAUUCUAACCCUCAUAUUAAAACGUGAUGAUCUAGGAAAAUUAAGCGAAUCUAAUAUUUUAAGUUACUUGAUUCAAUGGGGAAUUGCUCAACUUCCUACUACUACUCAAGAAAAAAACAUAGAUACCUGGGAAAGGGAUGACUUUAUUAAAUUAAAAGGUGCAAUUAAUGAAUUUAUUCCUUUAAUUCGAUG